GAGGCGCCUCCUGCCGGGGAGAACGGGGCCUCCGAGCUGCUGUCGCCGUGCAACGAACCGGGGGUGGGGGCGCGACGGGAGCAGGUGGAUGUUCCCCGGUCCCGGCCGGGCGGCGUCCGUUCCUUCAUAAAAUAGUUGAUGGCAUAUGUGGCCGUGCAUAUCCUCGAUACCAGGAUUAUGGCAGUAUUUGGAGCUUGUCGGAGUGGAUGGAGGUUUUAGAAGAAACAAUGACGUAUUUCAAAACUACAGUUGGCAAAAACAUAUCUGAUGAAGAGGCUGCUCAGCAGAUAAAUGAGUUAAAUUCAAACUGUCAAGAAGCAAUCACAAAAUGUCUAAAAGGCAGAAAAGAAGAAAUCAGGAAUGCGCUAGUGGAAAGAGUAAAUGCAAUCUCUUCUGCUCAGCUGCAGGACUUUGACUGGCAGUUAAAGCUUGCUCUCUCCAGCGAUAAGAUCUCCAUGCUGCAAAUGCCACUUCUCAAUCUUGAUUUGGAUGUGAGAGAAAAUGGUGAAAUUAAAGCAAUUUCGAUAGAGAUGAAUAAAGAAGAGUUGCAGAACCUAAUAAAUGCACUGGAAGCUGCUAAUAAGGUUGUCUUGCAACUGAAAUGA